UUCGCUCACAGCAGGUUGCAAGUUGCAGGACACCAUGGUUACUUUUAAAUUAGGUCCAGUAUUACUUUUGCUAUUACAUUUUACUGAAGAGCUAUACGGUGAUUACUUUACUUCCGAACGUUGUCAUCCCAAUGGUCUUCCGUGUUUCAGAAAUAAUCAAUGCUGUUUUGGGAACUGCAUAUAUGGAACAUGCAAAUCGUACAAUACUCCAGCGCCUUGCAAAAAUAUCGGUGAUACGUGUUAUGACAAUGAGCACUGCUGCGGAAAAAAAUGUAUAAACUAUCAAUGUAUCAGUCCUUUUUGCAGAUUAGAGCAUGAAGAAUGUUUGUUCCAUGAGGAUUGCUGUUGCAAUCACUGUUAUAACAGUACCUGCACCCAACCUCCACCUCCUAAAUGUACACCGAAUCACUUACCUUGUAAGAGUUCAGAGGAAUGCUGUUCCAAACACUGUUUGUACUUGUACAACGUCUGCGAAAUGUUACCCCUGCCUUCAAAUCCCCCCGUCACACUACCAACCUGUACAGAGAAUGGCGAAUACUGUCACUCUGAUUACCAAUGCUGCACUGAUAACUGUAUAAACGGAGUUUGUAAGUUCUCCUGCUUACCAGAUGGCCAUAAGUGUGAUAACGCAUUCGAAUGCUGUUCCAAAGUUUGUUUCCGAGACACAUGCCAUUCUACACUGUGCUUACAGGAUCAUAGGCUAUGCGCUCACGACAGACAGUGCUGUUCAGAAACGUGUGCAGAUGGAUGGUGCAGAUUACCGACGUGCAAACCCUUGGGUUCUGUGUGCAAUAACCACAUCCAAUGCUGCGCUGGAAGUUGCUGUAAAGGGAAAUGUGCAUACCCAGAUUGCAACUGUGCAGCAAAUGGCAGAACGUGUAAGAACAACACCGAUUGCUGCUCCAAAACCUGCAAAGCAGGAAACUGUGUCGCCCCUUGCAUAGAUGAUGGCCGUAAGUGUAAAAGUAACCAAGAUUGCUGUUUCGGUGAAUGUUUAAAGGGAUACUGCAUCGUAAGACCGCCAAAUUGCACAAAGGAUAGAAACCCGUGCUUCCAUGAUGCAGAAUGCUGCUCGCAGUCAUGCGUCGACAACUUUUGCCAAAAGAAAUGUAAAAAGGAUAGUGAAUACUGUGUUACUUCCAAAGAUUGCUGCUCUGAAAAUUGCUACAAUAAUAUUUGUGGUGGAACUGAAUCGUGCCGAAAAGAACACGAAUAUUGUUCGGGUAAUGCUGAUUGCUGUUCAAUGUCAUGCAUAGAUAACUUUUGUUUCGAGUAUAUCCCUGAGUAUUGCAAAGAGGUCGGCGAAUAUUGCUUCCAUGAUGCAGAAUGCUGCUCGCAGUCAUGCGUCGACAACUUUUGCCAAGAGGAAUGUAAAAAGGAUAGUGAAUACUGUGUUACUUCCAAAGAUUGCUGCUCUGAAAAUUGCUACAAUAAUAUUUGUGGUGGAACUGAAUCGUGCCGAAAAGAAGGCGAAUAUUGUUCGGGUAAUGCUGAUUGCUGUUCAAUGUCAUGCAUAGAUAACUUUUGUUUCGAGUAUAUCCCUGAGUAUUGCAAAGAGGUCGGCGAAUAUUGCUCGGACAGUGCCGAUUGCUGUUAUCAGUCGUGCGUAGAUAACCAUUGUCAAGACCCCACAUUGACUCAAUGUACAGUAAACGGUGAAUAUUGUUUGGAGAACCAAGAUUGCUGUAGCCAAACUUGCCUGUACAACACUUGUACAGAGCCUAUUCCUGCACGUUGUGUAAAUAAUGGUGCAUAUUGCACGGACCAUCGAGAGUGCUGUUCAGGAAACUGCGUUAACAACGAGUGCCGACGCAUGAUGCCGCCAAACUGUAAAAGACUGAGAGAAUAUUGCACGGACCAUCAAGAGUGCUGUUCAGGAAACUGCGUUAACAACGAGUGCCGACGCACGACGCCGCCAAACUGUAAAACACUGAGAGAAUAUUGCACGGACCAUCGAGAGUGCUGUUCAGGAAACUGCGUUAACAACGAGUGCCGACGCACGACGCCGCCAAACUGUAAAAGAUUGAGAGAAUAUUGCGAGUCUGAUCAAGAAUGCUGUUCACGAACUUGUUUAAAAAAUAGAUGCGUGUUGAAGGAAGCGUGUAAAAGAACAGAAGAAUAUUGCACGCAUGACAGUCAAUGUUGUCUCGGAAAAUGCUGGAACAAUAGGUGUGUUGAUGGACAAGCACCGUGUACACCACCAGGAUAUACGUGUCAAAAUAAAAGAGAUUGUUGUGAUGGAGAAUGCAUUGAUAACGUGUGCCAAGACAUGUACACACCUCGUCCGCCCACAGUUGCACCAACUGAAGAACAAUGCGUCAAGGUUGGUGAGAAAUGUACGGCUAAUGAAGAGUGCUGUUCAGAAAGUUGCAUUGACAAUAAAUGUACACCCAAGAGGUCUUGUAAAAAAGAAGGAGAAGAUUGCAUGAAUGACAGUCAAUGUUGUCUCGGACAAUGCUGGAACGACAAGUGUGAUGCAAGCCAAGCACCGUGUAAACCACCAGGAGACAUGUGUGACAAAAAAGAAGAUUGCUGUUAUGGGGAGUGUAAGGAUAACGUGUGCCAAAACGUGUCUCCCACUUUGCCGCCAUCAGUAUUAUCGACCGAAGAGCAAUGCUUACCAGGCGGCGAACAAUGUGUCAUACAUACUAGCUGCUGCUCUCUGAUGUGUAUCAACUGUAAAUGCCUGCCUAAGAUCAAAUGCAAGCCUAAUAACGCCACAUGCUCUUCUCCUUUUGAAUGCUGUUCAUCAUACUGCAACAACGGAAAGUGCAUGUCAUGUUAUGAUGUUCCUCACGAGUUUAAACCUCCAGAGAAAAUAAAACUGGAAGACGAGACAAUGAAUUGUCAAGAGUUAUGUUUCAAAUCCAAGAAGAGAAACAACCGAUGCAGAAUCCAGUGCAAGAAAGACAACUCAAUAUCUGCACAGAUCCAGAUGAUUGCACCUAAGAAAGGAGUACAUUCAAUUGAAGUGUCAGUGGGAAAGGAAAAGAUGGAGUGCCGGCGUACCUGUGAAGAGAAAGAUCAAACGGAUAAACUGCAAUGUUCCACCAAAUGCUACCAAAUCUUACCGAGAGGAGCUAUCCCAGUUACGAUAGUGUAAGAUUACAGGCUCUGCUUACAAAAUCCAUAUCGACAACGUUUCCGAGUGUGCUAUAAAAGUUUAACAUAUCUGUAAACAUUGUGUGGUUUGAAUAAAUAUUAUAUUUCAA